AUGCCAGCAGGUUCUGAAGAGACAACAUCUUUCGAGUGCGGUAGCGAACUGCUGAAACGCCAAUUCCUGUUCGAUCCUGGCUACAGAAACUUGAAUCAUGGUAGCUUCGGCACUUUCCCUCGCGUGGUGAGAGACGCUUUGAGGCAGUCUCAAGACGAAUGCGAGGCAAGACCUGACAGUUAUAUUCGAUAUACCUAUCCGAAAGCGUUAGACGUAUCGAGAGAGGCUGUCGCGAAGCUGGUCAAUGCCNCUGUGGACACCUGCGUUUUCGUGCCUAACGCAACGACUGGCGUCAAUACGGUCCUUCGCAAUCUGGUGUAUGCGGAAGGAGAUGUGAUUCUGUACUUUGCCACGAUCUACGGAGCAUGUGAAAAGACAGUCGCUUAUAUCACAGAGACCACUCCCGCUGAGUCAGUCAAGAUCGAUCAUCAUGUCCACCCUGUAUCAGAUGAUGCACUCUGCGACGCUUUUGAGAAAGCUGUUGCUCGGGUCAAAUCCUCCGGCAAGCAGCCUAAAAUAGCCAUGUUCGACACGAUCUCGUCGCUUCCAGGCGUGCGAGUUCCUUUCGAGCGCUUGGUCUCCGCAUGCCGCUCCCACGGCAUCCUCUCCCUUGUGGAUGCGGCCCACAGCAUUGGACAGAUUCCCAUUGAUCUUGUACGACUUGAUCCAGACUUUUUCAUCUCAAACUGUCAUAAAUGGCUGUUCACACCAAGAGGUUGUGCACUGCUCUUCGUAGCAAAGCGAAACCAGGGUCUUAUACGAUCAUCACUGCCUGUUAGCCACGGCUUCGUCCCCUUGCCCAACAGUGAGGCGAAGAUCAACAACCCCCUGCCGCCCAGCGCGAAGAGCGCCUUCGUGGUCAACUUCGAGUUCGUCGGGACUGUGGACAAUGCACCAUACAUGUGUGUGCCUGCUGCUCUGAAGUUCAGAGAGUCCAUAACAUGGCUCGGUAAGAGCGGUGAAGAUGCGAUAAUCGGUUUCAUGCAGCAGCAAGCGCGCGAGGCAGGAAAGCUGGUGGCUGAGAUCCUGUCCACGGAAGUUAUGGAGAACGAGGAAGGCACUCUGGGCAGAUGCAGCUUUUCGAACGUCAGGCUACCCNUUGACCCCACCACCCUAGCAGGUGGUGACACGGGGAAAGCAGUGAGAAUCGCCCAGUGGAUCUCGGCCACGCUGGUUGACGAAUACAACACCUUCAUCGCCAUCAUUUUCUACGGCGGUGCUUGGUGGUCCCGGCUCAGUGCGCAGAUCUACCUCAAUAUGGAUGACUGGCGAUGGGCUGGCGACGUUCUCAAACAGGUUUGCGAGAGGGUCAGCAAGAGGGAGGCCUUGAGAGAAUAG